AUGCCCGAGUUAGCAGAAGUUGCACGCAUUGUGUUCUUCAUCCGCCGUCAUCUUGUGGGUAAGAAGCUCACAAGGGUCCAAGCACAGCAUGACGAUAUUGUUUACGGCAAAGUUGGCACCAGUGCCGAGAAGUUCCAGAAGGCGAUGGAGGGCAAGAAGGUCAUUGGUGCUGGUCAACAGGGAAAAUACUUUUGGAUCGCCAUGUCGUCACCUCCGCAUGCCGUGAUGCAUUUUGGAAUGGCUGGCUGGCUUAAAAUCAGAGAUGCCGACACUUACUACUACCGGACUGACAAGCCAGAGGAUAAGGAGUGGCCGCCCAAGUAUUGGAAGUUUCUGUUGGAGACAGACGGCGAUCCCAAGACAGAAGCUGCGUUUGUUGACUUUCGCAGAUUGGGUAGAAUAAGACUGGUAGACUGUCCUGCGGAAGAAAUCCGCCAACACAGUCCGCUUAAAGAAAAUGGGCCGGACCCGGUUGCCGAUAAGGAUAUAGUCACCGAGAAAUGGUUGGCGACAAAACUGAGGAGUAAGAAGGUUCCCAUCAAAGCCUUUCUUCUUGACCAAGCAGUUAUCAGCGGGAUUGGAAAUUGGAUGGGGGAUGAGAUUCUGUACCACGCAAAAGUACACCCGGAACAGUACAGUAACACCCUAAGCGAUGAUCAGAUUAAGCAGCUGAACUACUCUAUUCACUACGUCUGUUCAACCUCUGUGGAUCUGCUGGCAGAUUCGGACCUGUUCCCCGAGGAUUGGUUGUUCAAGCACCGGUGGGGAAAGGGGAAAAAGAACCAUCCAGGUGUACUACCUAAUGGAGAAAAGAUAUCUUUCAUCACCGUUGGAGGUCGUACAAGCGCAUUUGUCCCGUCUGUUCAGGAAAAGCCCAGCAACGCUGAGAGUGCGACUGCUUCUCGAGCCACCCCUAAGAGGAAGCGGGCGGCAACAUUGAAAGAAGAAAGCGACUUAGACGAAGAAGAUAAUAAAUCUCCUGCGAAGAAGCUCUCGUCAGGAAGGCAGAAUAAUAAUGUGGGGGAUGGCGAAACCACAAAAGCAGCGUCUACUGGGACGCGCCGUUCUACCAGGACCAAAAAAUAG